AUGACUGACAUUACGGCAACCAGCGAGGGAAAUUCGAACAGCAGCGAAGCUUUAGUGGAGCCUCAGCAGCCAACUCCAGAGUUUUUACAGCGUAAAAUAUAUUUUUUAGUGGACCAAUUGCGUACUUACCAUUCCGAACUUCCUGAAAACCUGCAGACACGUAUAUCCUACGAUUUACUCACCGAACUCGCCAAUUGCGUCCUGAAUGAUGGGAUUUUCGUUAUAGUUAAGGCACUUAUGGAAUUGCAACACGAAACCGAAAGGCAUUUGAUUAAAAUGCGAAUGCAGGUGGAAAAUGAGUAUGAAAUCGAGGUGGCCGAGUGGAGGAGCAAAAUCAAGGAUCCCGAGGAGCUGCACCACAUUUUGGGCCUGAUGAAAAUCAAACAUACCAAAAAACUACUGGAAUCGGACAAGAAGAUUAUUGAGAUACUAGAUCAGAAGGUUAACGAUCAACAAUCCACACUGCAAAAGGCCGGCGUUCCCGGUUUUUAUGUCACCGAGAAUCCCAAGGAGAUCAAAAUACAAAUGUUCCUGCUGGACUUCAUUUUGCGUCUGAGCCGGCUGAAAUACGAGCCCAACAAAUAACAACUAAUUAUUAAUCCGGAGCCCACAAAAGACUGCACUUGACUUGUUUAAAUUAGAAUAUUUAAGGCAAUUAAAUUAUUAACCCUGAUCAAA